AGUUGUAAGUUACUAUUUGAGUCGCCAGAAUGAUUCCAUCGCUGCGUUCUUCCGUCACCUGGCUUGUGGUGCUGUUGGUCCUUCUGAUGGAAUUGGUUGAGGUGUGGUCUGUCUGCUGCUCCUGUCCAGCCAGACGAUGCUCCAUUCCCCAGUGGCCGUGCUGCGGCCGGAACGCCAAGUGGUAUAGUUUCAUAUAUGCUUAAGGAAUGAAGUUAAUAAACAGCAAGUGGAGGUAUUUUUAAAGU